AUGGUGUCAGCUUUGGCUGCACUGAUCGAUUACACUAAAGAGUCAGACUAUGAUCAAGACAUGGAAAACACAAUUCGGUCUAUCCAAGAAACCGCUGCGAUUGACAUUUCGGAGGUUACUGUGGCUACUGAAAUUGAUGGUGAGCUGCAGGCCGUGAAAGAUGCGAUAAUGACGGAUAACUGGUCCUUAGUACAAGUUAAACAAUAUUCCGCAUUUCGUACUGAACUAUCGUAUGCGAACAACCUUGUCCUUAGGGGGUCGAAGUUAGUAAUUCCAGCAGUUUUGAGGAACAGAAUGUUGAUGCUAGCUCAUGAAGGGCAUCCAGGUCAAUCCACUAUGAAAAGACGUUUACGAGACCGAUGUUGGUGGCCAAACAUGGACCAAGAAGUAGUAAAGGCAUGUGAAAAAUGCGAAGGCUGCCGUUUGGUACAGAUUCCAGAUCCCCCAGAACCUAUGUCGCGUAGACCAUUGCCGGAUAAACCCUGGAUAGACAUUGCAAUCGAUUUCCUCGGUCCGCUGCCAUCUGGGGAGUACAUUUUGGUGGUAAUCGAUUAUUUCAGCAGACACGUUGAUGUUGAGAUAAUGACGAACAUUACUGCUAAGGAAACAAUAAAACGGCUGGAUAAAAUUUUUCGUAUUUGGGGUAUUCCACGUACUAUUACACUAGAUAACGCGAAGCAAUUUGUCGCAAUCGAAUUCGAUGAGUACUGUCGAAUGAAAGGAAUAAUCCGGAAUCAUACGUCACCGUAUUGGCCCCAGGCGAAUGGGGAGGUAGAACGCCAGAACCGCUCCCUUCUAAAGAGGCUGAAAAUCGCCAACGCAUUGUACGGCACCUGGCGUGCGGAGCUGGAUCGAUAUUUAGAUAUGUAUAACAAUACACCGCAUUCAACCACCGAUUUCUCUGAUCGAGAUAAAGCUCAGAAAUUUUUGGGAAAAGAACGAGAAGAUACCAAUCGUAGAGCAAAGCUAAGCGACAUCGCGAUUGGUGAUGUCGUUCUUAUGCGAAAUCUACAUCCUUCCAAUAAGCUCUCGACUAACUUCUUGAAAGAGAAGUUCCUGGUUGAACAUCGCAACGGUUCAAACAUUUCUGCAAAAUCAUUGGAAACAGGAAAUCAUUCGAAAGAAAUGUUUCUCAUUUGA